UCCGUAAAUAUCGUAUUUUUUUUAGGAUAACCCAGCAGAGGUCGGAGAGUUAAGCACACCACCUAAUCUAGAGUUCAGGCCUGCCAAUAAAAUAGCCCCUUUCAGAUUGCUUGAAUUGAUUUAAGUUGACUUAGCGUCUGAACUCUUCCGUGUAUUUCUUCCUGGAACUAUUCAACAAUUUGUCGGUGUGAAGAACACUUUGAAUUAGAAUCGCAUCUGUGGUGGAGAAGAAGCAGAAUUGCCCUUUGUACUGUGUCUGAUAAAAUUAACAAGAAAAACUUAUUGACUGAUCAUCUUCAUGACUGUGAUUCAAAAUGUGCAGCGCUUCUCUACUGCAAUCUUGCAGAGGUCUCAACUGGGCAGAGAUUUUUCUGGGUUGAGAAUUUUUCGUCUGCCAUUAAUGAAGAAAGCACCUGCAGCUUGCAGUAUUACUAUCUAUACGUUUUUCGUCUUCUUCAUUCUCUUUGUCGCAGCUGACUUCAUCUCUUUUUUCUGCUUCAGCAGCCGUUUUAUCUUUCUGGUUAAUAAUUCUGAGCGCAAAGCAGUACCAAUCUCUGAAAAUCACCGGAAAACGCCGAGGCCAAUUGUAGUCCCACUCAACUGCUCCGCCAGGAAUCUCACUCAAACCUGCCCAGGAAAUUACCCAACAACAUUUGAUACAGACUUGGCAUGGAAACCUGUUUGCCCAGAUUACUUUAGAUGGAUCCAUGAAGAUUUGAAGCCAUGGAAGACCACAGGGAUUAGUAGUGAUAUGGUGGAGAGAGCUAAGAGGAGUGCCCAUUUCAGACUGGUUAUUGUGAAGGGCAAAGUGUACAUAGAGAAGUACAAGAAGUCGAUACAGACUAGAGAUGUGUUCACAAUAUGGGGUAUUCUGCAACUUCUCAGAAGGUACCCCGGAAAGUUACUGGACUUGGAGCUGACGUUUGACUGCAAUGACAGGCCGGUGAUCAGAUCAGGCGACCACCGUGGACCCAACUCGACGAGCCCACCACCUUUGUUUCGCUACUGUGGGGAUCGGUGGACUUUGGAUGUGGUGUUUCCUGACUGGUCCUUCUGGGGUUGGCCUGAGAUUAAUAUGAAGCCAUGGGGGAAUUUAUUGAAGGACCUAAAAGAAGGCAACAACAGGACCAAAUGGAUGGAAAGGGAACCAUAUGCCUACUGGAAGGGAAACCCUUUAGUAGCUGAAACCCGGAGAGACCUCCUUACUUGCAAUGUCUCUGAUGUACAGGACUGGAAUGCUCGACUAUUUGUCCAGGACUGGAUGCUUGAAUCUCAACAAGGAUAUAAGCAAUCAGAUGUAUCAAACCAGUGCACUCAUAGAUACAAGAUCUACAUUGAAGGGUGGGCAUGGUCUGUCAGUGAGAAAUACAUUCUUGCUUGUGAUUCUGUUACAUUGAUGGUGAAGCCUCGUUACUAUGAUUUCUUCAUGAGAAGUCUGCAACCCGUGCACCACUACUGGCCUAUUAAGGACAACGACAAGUGCAGAUCCAUUAAGUUUGCUGUGGACUGGGGCAACAGCCAUAAGCAGAAGGCACAAGCCAUUGGGAAAGCGGCAAGCGACUUUAUUCAAGAAGAGCUCAAGAUGGACUAUGUCUAUGACUACAUGUUUCAUCUAUUGAAUGAGUAUGCAAAGCUUUUGCGAUUCAAGCCGACCAUACCUGAGGGAGCUGUGGAAGUCUGCUCUGAGACAGUGGCAUGCUCUGCAGAAGGGGUAGAGAAGAAAUUCAUGAUGGAAUCCUUGGUGAAUAGUCCUUCUGUUACAAGCCCAUGCGCCCUGCCCCCUCCCUAUGAUCCCCCAGUCCUUGGAGCAUUGCUUAGGAAGAAAGCCAACUCCAUAAAGCAAGUGGAGAGAUGGGAGAAUAGGUAUUGGGAGACUUUAAAUCAGCAGCAUUAGAGGAUGUCAAGGAUCCUUUUAAAACAAAACAUACGAGAAGAGAGUGACAGUAAAGGUGGAUGCUACAUGAUACUUAUGUCUGGUUUCCUAUGUAUCAUAUUUAAAAUGAAAUACACAAUAUUGACUGAAAUGGGCCUCCUUCGAACCUCCCAAAUUGAAUCUGGACUUGGCUUAUGAGUUAUGACAUAGUUUCUACAGUCCCGGACUCUCAUAAUA